ACGCGCACGCCGCGGAGUCACCGCUUGGGUGGAAGAUGGCGCCGGAGAAAGCCGGGGGGAAGGCCCGGACUUCCCCCAAAUCCAUCAAAUUCCUCUUCGGGGGCCUAGCGGGGAUGGGUGCCACCUUCUUUGUCCAGCCCUUGGACCUGGUGAAGAACCGGAUGCAGUUGAGUGGCCAAGGGGCACGCACAAAGGAGUACAAGACCAGCUUCCACGCCCUGACCAACAUUCUGAAGGCCGAGGGGGUCACUGGAAUCUACACAGGACUCUCGGCUGGCCUGCUGCGCCAGGCCACCUACACGACCACCCGGCUGGGCAUCUACACCGUGCUCUUCGAGAAGCUCACCAAAGCCGAUGGGACGCCGCCCAACUUCCUGCUGAAGGCACUGAUCGGCAUGACGGCAGGAGCCAUCGGAGCCUUCGUGGGGACGCCAGCCGAGGUCUCGCUCAUCAGGAUGACCGCCGACGGCAGGUUACCCGUCGACCAACAGAGAGGUUACACCAACGUAUUUAACGCACUGAUUCGAAUUACCCGUGAGGAGGGGGUCGUCACACUCUGGAGGGGCUGUAUCCCGACGAUGACGCGAGCGGUGGUGGUGAACGCAGCACAGCUGGCCUCGUACUCCCAGUCCAAGCAGUUCCUGCUGGGUUUAGGUUAUUUCCGUGAUAACAUCCUGUGCCAUUUCUGUGCCAGUAUGAUCAGUGGGCUUGUAACAACCGCAGCCUCCAUGCCAGUGGACAUCGCAAAAACAAGAAUUCAGAAUAUGAAAAUGAUCGAUGGGAAACCGGAAUACAAGAAUGGACUGGACGUCCUCAUCAGAGUCAUCCGACAAGAGGGAUUCUUCAGCCUGUGGAAAGGCUUCACUCCAUACUAUGCACGGCUGGGACCUCACACAGUCCUCACCUUCAUAUUUCUGGAGCAGAUGAACAAGUUUUACAAGAAAUAUUUCCUGGAUCAGUAAAACGGUGACUGCGUGAAGCUCCCUUGCUGAAAGGGUCCUGAACAUAUUCGAGAGAGUGAGGAAGGAGAGAGAGGGAGACUGAUGGGUUAUAUUAUUUGCCAGGGCUGGCAGUUUCCUUGACUAUAAUCUUAGGUGUUGUGUUCUUAUUUUAUUUUAGCAGACCGUGCGUUGUCUGUAAGUUUCCUCCUGGGUUUCCCACAGCGCUGGACUAGGUCAUGGUUAAUUGUCCACUGUUUGCCUGGGAUGAAAAGUGCCCAGUCCGAGAACUUGUUGAAGAUUGAGCGCUCUGACAACGACGCGCUAGCCUUCAACCUGUUUCUCCCGACCUUUGACCCAUGCCCCAUUCCCCAAGCAUGAGGGAGCAUUCGGCCCUUCGAGCCUUUCAAUUCUAUCCCCUGCUGAUCGAGGGCCCCCUUGCCCUUACACUUUUGCUGUCCACCUCCAUUUUGACUAUUCCCCCCUAGAUGACCACUUCGCCCUCUGGUUGACAUGGAGUCUUUUUCUUUUGGAUUGGGGGUGGGGUGGGGGGGUGCGGUCUGGGGGAGAGAGAGUUCCCUGUUGUAAGAAGAUAUACUUCCUGCUAUCACCCCCUCAACCCCCCCCCACCCACAGAGCGAACCUGGCUCUGAGUUUAAGGUGCCCACACCCGUGCUCCCAGAUUCUUUGUUCUGGUGUCCACCAACAAGUGGAACCUUACACUUGGGGGCAAAACACUGAAAGGUUAGGGGUGGGGCUGGCGCGGAUCCAACAGCAGGAAUUCAGAGAGGCUGUUUGGGCCGGGUGAGGGAUGGGAGCGAAGGGAGGGUCCCACAAACACGCGUGGCGGGCUGUCUUAUUUUAUUUUGGCGGACCGUGAGUUGUCUGUAACUUGCCUCCCAAGUUUCCCACAGCGCUGGACUUAGGUCAUGGUUAAUCUCAAAAUGUCCCCCAGGCAGCCACAGGUCUCCCUCCAAGUUGGAGCCUCUGCCGUUGGGUGACAGCGCCAUUGUGUCUCUCUGUGGCUUUGCUUUGAUCUGGGUGGGGGUCGGGGGGGGUUUCAGGGUGAGGUUUGGGUGCUGUCCAAUCCAGGCCGGAGUCUGGGUUAGGUCGGUGAGAGGCUUCUGAUUACCUGGGAUUUUCCAGCUUACGACUGGCCCAAAGCCACCAUGGUGCCAGGAUGGGGCAUUCCAGGUAACACCCAGCCUGGACUGUCACAGGCAGGGGAGGGGGCGUUGACAUUCUGUCUGGCACUGGGGUAAAGGGCACCCACACACCCAUCCGUCAGUCUCUAUGGUUAGCCCUACUGCCUCACAUCGCCAGGGACCCGGGUUUGAUUCCAACUUCGGAUGUCUGUCUGUGUGGAGUUUGUGCAUACUCCCCUUAUCUGCGUGGGUCUCCUCCCAUUGUCCAAAGAUGUACAGGUUAGAGUGGAUUGGCCAUGCUAAAUUACCCAUAGCGCCCAGGGAUGUGCAGGUUAGAGUGGAUUGGCCAUGCUAAAUUACCCAUAGCGCCCAGGGAUGUGCAGGUUAGGGUGAAUUGGCCGUGCUAAUUUGCCCCAUAGUGCCCAGGGAUGUGCAGGUUAGGGUGGAUUGGCCGUGCUAAUUUGCCCCAUAGUGCCCAGGGAUGUGUAGGUUAGGGUGGAUUGGCCGUGCUAAAUUACCCAAAGGGCCCAGGGAUGUGUGGGUUAGGGUGGAUCAGCCAUGGGAAGUAGGGUAGGGUUGGAUGCUCUUUGGGGGUUUGGUGUGGGCUCGAUGGGCCGAAUGGCCUUAUUCCACACUCGGGAUUCCACGGUUCUCUGCAAAUGCUUGAGCAUUCUCAGUCUCUCGCGUGUAAUCACAUAAGUGGGCACACAUACACAAACAUGCGCACACACACUAAAGUCUUACAGCCUGACCAGAUUACGCAGGAAUCCUCUGCCUUCUCCUGAUCCCUGCCAGUUGGGCAGUUGGAGCGUCAGGAUGCCCCCUGUGGGGGCAGUUCAGCCUCGGUUGACCCUGCAGACUGUGCUCGGUGCUGCCUGAAUCACAGGCGCUGGGGCCUGAGGAUUAAGACGAUACGUUGAAAUGUCACUUAUGGGUGAGUAGGAGCCCAGAUAAUCCCUGUUAUAAACCGCAUUUUAUUCUGUCAGUGUUGCAGUUGAGAAAUGAACUUGACAGUUCAUACCCUGACUCCUCUGGUGAAGGACGUGCAAAGCCAGACGUGACUGUUUGCGAUAUAAUUAAAUAAGCUCAGGGCAUUAAAACAGCCGCAAGGAAUGUCACACAGAAACAUUAACCGCACACCUAUUAAUAUAUCGCCAGCAGGGACGUCUGGCCUCUUGAAUCUUCCCCUGCCUAUCUGCAGCGUUUACCUUUGAAGCAAUUUGCUUUCUGUUUUCAACGCCCUCUCUCAGAACCCACUGCUCGUGUCAGCCUGGGUUCAGGAGCCCAUAAUCCUAGUGUCACUACUGCGGGAUGGCUGCACUUUCACAGUCACUGUCUUUAGGGAAGGUCUUUGCGUGUCUCGGUCAAAAGAUCUCAUUGUACUGUUGGAAGAACUCUUCCCUGGCCAGUUUUCCAUAGUCUCCUCCCUUUGUCUUCAAAAUAGUUUUGAAAAAAAACACAAAAGUUUUUGGAUCCUAGUUGCAGGUGCGUCUUGUGAAAGAAACUCCCAUUAUCUCUGGCCAGAAGACUUUUAUAUUUGUAAUUUAAAGCUGUCAUCUCGUGAUGACAUCUGAAUUAAUCCCUUAACACAGAUCCCAACUACAGGGCUAGCACAGAGUUUCUGCUGCCACCACUCUCCCCUCCCCAAAAAUGGUUUGGAAAAUUUAUACUUUAAAACAAUCCCUGUUCCCAAAUUCCUGCAUUGUUCUGUAGCCUGUCCCUGCCCACAGUCCUCCUCCUGGGGUUUAGAAACUCAACUGUGAUCAGGGCAGGUCUGUGUGGCUCCGGUUUAGAGUCAUCCAGCACGGAAACAGGCCCUUCGGCCCAACCAGUCCAUGCCGACCAUAUUCCCAAACUAGACGAGUUCCCACCUGCCUGCUCCUGACCCAUAUCCCUCCAAAUCUUUCCUAUUUAUGUCCUUAUCCAAAUGUCUUUUAAAUGUUGUAACUGUAUCUGCAUCUACCACUUCCUCAGGAAGGUCAUUCCACCCUGUGUUUAAAAAAGAAAUUGCCCCUCACCUAAUUUUUUAACUCUUUCUCCUCUCACCUUUCCAAAAAAAAAGCCCUCUAAUCUUGAAAUUGUCCAGCCUAGGGAAGAGACACCUGCCAAUCACCUGAUCAAUACCCCUCAUGAUUUUAUACCCCCCAUGUAUCUCAGCCUCCUACACUCCGGUGAAAAAAGUCUCAGCCUCUCCUUGCAACCCAAACGCUUUCUCCUCUCACCUUACGCCCCGUAAUCUUGAAACCUCCAUGGAGCAGGGUGUGUUCCCUGUCUCCCCCUCCCCCCACCCUUCUCUUGCCUGCUCCCACCACCUCGUCCGUCCAGUGGAACGGCCAUGAAAAUACAAAUCGCCCGCUGCAAAAGCUCAAGGUUUUGCUGAAGGCACAGCCCUUAAGUUGAAGCCGAACUAACCGCGCCCAACCCCGUGCUCCCCAUCCACUGGCCCUUUGAGGUUCUGCAGCACCCUUCUGGAGGUGGUCAGGGGAGUUUCUCCUAUUCUGACUGAGGUGUGUCUCAGUCUACAUAUCGAUUGCUCAGCAGCUAUUUCUCAAUCCCCCUCAGAGCUCAGAUCAGCUGCUGCAUUUUGAGAGGUGUCUGCAUAUCGAUUGCAACGUUUCUUAUGUUUCAGCAGGUGAUUGCACUUCAAAAGAAAGGUUAUUAACUAGAUAAAGCUUUGUGAUAUCCAGUGGGCGAUGCUAGAGAAAUUGUAUUUUUGUUCCUAACGUGCAGAUAAACGCCUAAUGUCCCCCUUACAUCCAUUGAAUUCAUAUUUAAAAAAAAGUAUAUAUAAUGAAAAUAUUUUAAGUCUAAACAUACAUUAAAAAGAAAAUUGAUAUGAUUUGCUUCAAAGCACAAAACCUUUUGGGAGUUUUUAAAAACUCUAGAAUAAGCUUUGUGAGCAAGACAUUCUCACUGUCACCACCCAGAAGGUGUUCUUCUUUGGGAUUGAUCACGAUCACCGAUCAGAAUUAAUUACCGAGUUCCUGAGACGUUUCGGUACUCUGGGUAAAUGUUGGAAUAAACGAAUCUGGAUUUAAAUGUCGCUGAAAAGGAAUGACGUGUUACCUUUGUGUUAUUCUCAUCAGGACAAAUGCAAGAAUGCCAAAUUUCCAACAGUCUCAUGAUUUGGACUGUGGUUUAAAAUAAAAGUGGGGGAGGGGAGAGGUCUUAAAUGGACCUUUUAUUUCAGUGUCCCGAGAGGAGCCUACCGCAUUCUCUGCUGCCACCAGCUAACUUGCUAUUUAAAUUUUGGCAUUCUUGCCAUUUGUCCUGAUUAGUUCAAGCUGCAGAAUGUGUCUGCCUUUUCAGCAGGAUUCCAGUUCUGUGCUGUAAAGGCCUCUUGAAUCUGGACUUGUUUCUCACACAGCAGCUCAUCAAAGGGACUCCUUUUCCUCAGCAAGGAGGGGGGAUAUAGAGUUUGAACAGGGGUUUGUAAUGUGCUCUGCUCUGAGCGAUCUCUGUGAUCAUGUAUCCCCACCCAACAUGACAAUCCUCCAAAGAUAUUGUUGGCCCAUUUUUGUGUCCUAGCUCCAACAGAGGGACACUAUGGGUGUCUUUAAGCUAAUGUUGAUGUUUUGAUCAUGUGAUGUGUAAUUUUUUGAGGAUUUUUUUUUAAAAAGCCCUCUCCUGACAAUAAAUCUAUUAUUGGUUGAA